ACGAGGACAACAGUUACCCACAUGAGGAGUGAGUCGGUUAAAACAAAAAAACUCACAAGAAAGUCUGUGUUUUAAACUUUAAACUAUCACCAUUCAGAACAGAGGAAUAAUUUUGGAUGACUGGUGAAGCAUCUUCAGGAACCAGGACCUCCCGGAAGUGACGCCGAGCUCCUUAAUCACAGACAGGAGUCAGGACGGGAAAGAAAAUAACGGGAUUUAUUGAAAUCUUGACAUCCGUGUGAUUGCAGUGUUGCAGGAUGAGCAACCCAGCUUACCCCCCGGCCACCGCCCCUCCGGCCAACAUGUACGGCGGCCUGCCGGGUUACGAGGGGAUCGCAUCAGGAGGUUACCUGCCUCCUCCCAUGCCUGCAGAGCCUGUGGCCCCGCCCCAACCGCCCCCUGCACCUUUAGACUGGAGCAUCCCCUCUCUGUCGGAGGAUUCGGCUCGGGAGGCAUUCAAGGGCUUUGCAUCAUCUCAUUGCUGCUACAGUUCAGGUCCAGCCGAUGACGGCGUCAUCACAAAAAUGGAGCCUUUCAAUACAUACAGGUAUCGCCUGGAGACCUUCACCGAGUCCAGGUCGACUGAAUGUGCCGAGAAACCUCACGAAGGUGAGCCAGCUGACUUUUACACCCAGACUGCUCCCCGACCCUGGGAGGUUCAGGCCAAUCCCCCUGAAUUCUUCGUAAAUCACACAGAGGAAAUCCGUGUGCCCUUCACCUCCUCCAUUAAGGAAUGUCAUGGUUGCCAUGGCAGCGGGGCUUCACCUUGCGAGAAGUGCAGAGGACAAGGAUAUAAGGAGUGCUGGGUGUGUAACGGCUCUGGGACGAGGGGCGAGGAGAGCUGCGGUCACUGUGAUGCUUCUGGAAAAGAGAGGUGUACGGAUUGUAAUUGUCGUGGAACGGAGGAUUGUCAGAUCUGUAAAGGGAAGCGACAACUGCUGAGCUACAUCAAACUCAAGGUGGAAUGGACCAACAAUGUGGAGGACCACGUGGUGGAGCAGAACUCUGGUCUGAAGGUGGAGGAUCUGAGCUCCGUGAGCGGCAAAGAGCUGUUUAAGAACAGCCAGUACAUGGUCUACCCGCUCCUCGGGUUCCCAAACCCGGCCAUCUCCGAGGCCUCCGACCGCAUGGUGAGAGAUCAUCAGUCCAAAUACGCUCAGACCUCCAGGGUCCUGCAGCAGAGGCAGAGUGUGGAGCUGAUCCCCAUCACCAGGGUCAACUACAAGUGGAAGAGCGACAGUCACCUCUACUUUGUUUAUGGAAACGAGCAUCAAGUCAGCUCUGAUGACUAUCCAGCAACCUGCUGCUGCGUCAUCAUGUAGACUCCCAAACACACGCCUGAACACAAACACUCUCACUUUCUCUCUCUGUUAACCCCAAUCUAACCGUUUUCUGCAUAUAAUAAUCAGUUAGAGGAACGGCUGCGUACAAACUCCUGAUAUUUCUAGAUAUAGUUAACAAAUCAGAGAUGCUUAGGUCAGCGUAACUACAGGUAAAUAAACAAGUAUUUAGACGCUGAAGCGAUUUUUUGUUAAUUCAGGUGUUUCAGGUAUAGUGCCGUAAAUAUGGGCUUAAAAGGUCAAACUGUAAGACUGCUGUUUCUUUCUAUACUUAACAACCAAACCAAUGGUAAAAUAAGUAAUUUGUCUUUAAAUUAACAUCACAAUAAUUGUCUCAAUGUGAAAAUGAUCACAAAUGUGCGCAGAAGCAUGCAUUGUUUGGACCUUCUUUGAAAUAAGGAAUUGAUUACUCUCUUACUCCGGUUUGAAACGUACUUACUUACCUCCGGUUUGGGAGCUAUGACGCUUCAGCAGGUAUCAUGGGAACGAGAAGUAUCCGCAUUUCGCUGCUCAUUGUGAUUUAAUUGCAGAAAUUUCAAACUUUUUCUAUGCUUUCAUCAUUAAACUCGCUGUGGAGGCUGUCAUUGCCUCCGUGUGGACGCCUCAGCCAUUUACCAAAACAUGCUUUCUUUUCCAGUUAUGUAACAGUUUACUGAAAUUAUAUGCCAAACUCUGCCUCUUGAAUGCCGUCAGUGUUGCGUGGAAACGUUGCAUUUCUAUAUACAGUCUGUAAAUACACAACAAGUGCUUUUAUUUUAUGAAAGUAGAACACAUCCUGACAUCUGACCUCACUUUUAGCCCAAAAGUGUCCACUCACAUCGGUGCUAAUAGAUUAAAUGUGACCAACAACAUGCAAAAACUACAGAUUUAUGAAAACAUUGGAGGCAGAUAGAUAAAUGCAGAAGUGACAUCCUGCAAGGGCGGCUGGGGGGGGGGGUACAGUUAACGUUUAACAAUGGCUGGGUCCAGCUCUGGUUUCUGUUUGUGUUUCUUUCCUGUGCGGUUCAAGGGUUAAAACCACAAGUUCAAACUGUGCUCCUUCUUAGGAAAUGUUCCUGUAAUGUUUCUGAAGGGACUGGAUAGUGCUCUAGGCCAUCCUUCCUACCACUAGUCCUUCACCCCUCAGGAUUGUACAUAAUUUAUUUCAUGGAGCAGAUUUUAAAGAGAGAAGAAGCCGUCAGAGUUCAAAGGGAUUACUACUACUGCCACCACUGUGCUUUCAGCCUUCAGCUCUGUGCCUGUUUAUCCCUUGUGUAAACUGUGUUGUGGGGUGGAUUAUACAUUGUAGGUUAAAUUUAAAAAAAGAAAAAAGGAUGGUGACACACAGCUGAUGAUAAUAGCAAAAACUGAUGUUUACAUUUAUCCCAAAUAAGAAACUAACGUCCGUUUUGUGUGAUUCCUGCCGUGCCUGCUCCCGUCUCUUUCGCAUUAAAUCACUUGGAAGGAAAGGAGGAAGGAAAUGAGGAAGGAAAGGGUUGUCACCUGGAGUUAAUUUGUGACUGAAUUACUAAAAGUCGAACUUACGGUGCCAACUGCUGAAAAAUGCCCCACCUACCACAAUCUGACGAGCUUCUAUCUCUAUUGUUGAUGUUUUUGUGCUUCUGUGGAAAAACAACAAAAACGAACAAAUCCAACUAUCAAGCCAUCUUAAAACUGACCUGUCUGAUACUUGGAUGAAGGUUUUCUUAGCUGUUGCUGGGUUUACUGAAAGGGUCGACUACAUGUACCGUUAUUAGACUAUAAAGCUGCUGUGAGAAUACAGAAGCAACCACGUGUGGAAAAGUGGGUGAAGCUGAACGGUGACGCUUGAUUGGACAAAAAUAAAUGUACACAAGGCCUUACCUCUUUUUAACCGUGGGAGUAUUUUCAGUCAGACUGUGAUCACACUGAACAUAAUGGGUGAUUCUUAAGACUUACAUGUACAUGGUAGAGUUGAGUUAGAAAUUUAGGUUUUAUCUGUUGGAGUUUCUGACAUUCUGGAUUUGUUUACAGAUUUCUGUCGUUUGUCUUCAUCAGAAGGGUUAUUAUGUGGGUAAUAUGCUGGUUGUCUGGAGGACAGUCUGGGUCUCUGAAUUAAACGGGAUGAAGCCAUUUCAGUUUUAUACGUUCACUGUUUAACCAACCAUGAUUUUUUUUUUUUUCUUCUUUUGCAUCAAGGUAUUUGCUCAGUAUUAUACUGUAUGUUCUGUUUAAAAUGGAUUUAUUACAACAAAUAAUCAACCUCAGUUUCUUAUUUUCAUAAUUUUUAUGUUGUUAAAUGCAUCAACACCUUAUAUUCAAGUGCAAAAAAAUGGAAUUUGUAGACAAUGCUUCUCAUGUGGUGGAAAGUUAUGAGCGUGUAUUGUGUAGAAUGUCUUUUAUCUGCAGCAUAAAUGCCUUUUAUAUAAUACUCUCGACUAACAGUGACUUCUGCUACUAACCUCUGAAACAUUGUGCUGUUGCCACAGGUGGAAAUAAACAUACAUAAUUGUUACACCGUUGUUAAUUGUUACAAAAUUGUUACACUGUUACAAAAUAUACUAAAUAAAUUUGAAAUCCU